ACACUCUUACAACACCACCAGGAAGAGACGGACUCGUUAUUUCUUCUUUCUGUCACUGAUUUUCUUCUCUUUGACAAAAGCAAACAAGAAUCAGCCAUCAGAGGACGAAACGCGGUCACGCCAUCUGCGCUUCAAAUCUAUUGCGCGUCUACUCGGCCGUGCGUGGUACAUUAACGUGUGAGCGCUACAGUCUUCUUUUAGUAAAUCCUCCUUCGUGAUUAUGAAUAAAUAUGACAGCCGAAGGAGGAUUUGCUAAAGGAGACGGUAGGGCCUUUAACACGCUCGCACGUUGAUCUACCACGCACCGCCGAGUAGACGUGCAAUGAACUUGAAGCGCAGAUAGAGUGGCCGCAGUAGAGGACGACGAAGAGAAAGACUUUGAAGUUUGUUUCUGAACAGACAGCAGAUCUUUGUGAUUCUCGUGGUUAUUCGUUUUUGAAACCGUCGUUCAGAAAGUGAAAGUAAAGUUUAGGUUACUGGAGCUCAAACAGUGAAAAUGGCUUCAUCAGCUGAAUAUGACUAUAAUUGUCCCGUGUGCUAUGAUAUCUUCAAGUCUCCAGUUCUUUUAUCAUGUAGUCACAGUGUCUGUAAAGAGUGUCUUCAACAGUUCUGGAGAAUCAAGAAAACUCCGGAGUGUCCUGUCUGCAGGACAAGAUCCUCAAAAUAUCCUCCAUUAAAUCUGGCAUUACAAAACUUGUGUGAGUCGUUCAUGGAGGAGAGAAAUGAGAGUCGUUCAUCAGGAUCUGAGGAGAUCUGCAGUUUACACAGUGAGAAACUCAAACUCUUCUGUCUGGAGGACAAACAGCCGGUGUGUGUAGUGUGCAGAGAUUCAGAGAAACACGUCAGUCACACAUUCAGACCCAUCAGUGAAGUUGUUCCUUCAUAUAAGGAGGCGCUCAAUAUAGAACUGAAGUCCUUACAGAAGAAACUUCAACACAAUGAAAAAAUGAAAGGAGAGUUUGAGAGAACAGUUCAACACAUCAAGUCUCAAGCUGAGCACACAGAGCGUCAGAUUAAACAGCAGUUUGAGAAGCUUCAUCAGUUUCUCAGAAAUGAAGAAGAAGCUACAAUCACUGCACUGAGAGAGGAAGAGGAGCAGAAGAAGCAGAUGAUGAAGGAAAAGCUGGAGGAGAUGAACAGACACAUCUCAGCUCUUUCACACAAAAUCAAAGACACGGAGGAGAUGAUGAAAGCCAGUGACGCCUGCUUUCUGGAGGAGUUUCCAGUCACGAUGGAAAGAGUCCAGAUCUCAUCACAGCCGGAUCCACAGAUGCCUUUUGGAGCUUUGAUUCAUGUGCCGCGUUACUUGGGCAACCUGCCCUUCAGAGUCUGGAAGAAGAUGCAGGACAUCGUUCAAAACACUCCUGUGAUUCUGGAUCCAAACACUGCACGUCCAGAUCUCGUUCUGUCUGAUGAUCUGACCAGUGUGAGAUGGAGCGGGAACAAACAACCUCUUCCUGAUAAUCCAGAGAGAUUUGACAGUUAUUCCUGUGUUCUGGGUUCAGAAGGUUUUAACUCAGGAACACACUGCUGGGAUGUGGAGUUUAAGGAGAGUUCAGGCUGGAGACUUGGAGUAACUACAGAAUCAAACCAGAGGAAGGGACGUGUUUUCUUUAACACUGAUGUAUGGAGUGUGCAGUGCGGAUGGUCUAAUCAGUUUGGUUUUCCUGUUAAUCGGGAUCUUGGGCAUGUGACAGUGUAUCUGGACUAUGACAGAGGAACAGUGUCAUUCUCUGAUCCUGUAACUAACACACAUCUACACACAUUCACAGCCAACUUCACUGACACACUUUUCCCUUUCUUCUUCAGCACUGACUCUCUGAGGAUCUUACCAUUCAAUAGUCAGUAAAUGUUACUCCUGUAGCUCUGGAUCAAUCUACUUUCAUCUUUUCAUCAUCUUUCCAAUAUUCAAUCCAUAUCACAAUUUCAAUA